AUGUCAGAAGCUUCACUUGAUGCGGAUCAAGUGAAACAAUACGAUCGGCAAAUACGUCUUUGGGGAUUUGCUGCCCAACAAAAGAUAACUCAGGCUCGGGUUCUGGUGCAUGGCUGCUGUGGGAUGUCUGCAGAGAUUGUGAAGAACUUGGUUCUUGCUGGUCUGAUCGACGAUGGAGUUGGGAACGUUUGCUUGAUGGACGACGCCAUUGCUCAAGAACAGGACCUUGGGAGCCAAUUUCUGAUACCUGCAGAGUGUGUCGGCAAGAUGUCUCGUGCAGAAGCAAGCAUCAAAUCCUUACAAGAACUGAAUCCCAAAGCUUCUAUCAGAUGCGAAAAGGGUGAAGAGAGAAUUCUCGAUGAAGCUUUGUUGAAGCAAUUCGACCUUGUUUGUGUUUCAGAUGGAGCACCAAACAUGCAGAAGCAGUUUCAGCUGAGAUACCCUUCGAUGGAGCAAGCCAUGAGCACAAGCUGGUCCAAGCUCACAAAGGGAAAGGCACAAGUCAACAAACUAUUCUACGCACUACAGCUCCUUCAUGCCAUGCAGGAGCGAGCCGGAUCUUCGUCUGCACCUGUGGAGAACGCUGAAGAAGUGCACCUCGUGAGAGAUGAGCUUUGCAAGCGCCACUCCCUCUCGGCCUCGUGCUUCGAAGACGAUCUCUUCCGCAAGCUCGCGAUGCAGGUGAAUCUUCACGUGAGCAUGGUCUGCUCUAUCGUUGGCGGGAUGGCCGCGGAUCACAUGGUCAAGGCUCUCACAGGGAAGGAGAAGCCCUUGAGGAAUUAUUUCAUCUACGAUGGCAGGGACGGGUCUGGCAUUGUGCUGGAUCUCGGAGCAUCAGAGGACGAUACUUAA